AAGUCAGUCUGCCAGGCCCGCGAAGAAAAACAGCCUUCUGAAGGAGCCUGAUUUUUCUGCCUCUUUGUUUGGGAUGUUGCUCUGCGGUAAAAUGGGGUAAAGCAUCAAAGCAGUCAAGGAGCCUUAAGAAGCCUGGGAGGUCAACUGCAAUGGAGCGACAGAACAGUGCCAAGAGCCGCAAGUCCAAAACGCUGCGCUCCAUCUCCCGCUCCCUCAUGCUCUGCAAUGGCAAGGACAGCGACGAGGGAUUGAGUCCAGAUGAGAAGUGCCCCAACCCUUUUGAGACUUCGGCUCCCUGGGGUCACGAGGAACCCGGUCCCUGCCCUCAGUUCCAAUUAGCGUGCACCUUGUCAAGGGACCCAGGCCCUCCUGAUCCACUGAUGAUCACCGGCGUGAUGCAGCUGAGAGCUUCCCCUGGUGACAGUGCCAAAAACAUGAAAAGGAAAUUCUUUGUCAAGGACAGCUGCAUCUGGAAGCUAUGCAUAGCCACAGGGAACGAGGGGCUGGGAAUCCAAGUCUCCAGGACUCCCAAUUGCUCUGUUUUUGGGAAAGAGUUCACAGUCAGCCAAGUGGUCGACGGAGGAGCUGCCUGCAGGGAUGGCCGUCUCAGCCUUGGUGAUGAACUCCUAACUGUAAAUGGGCGGUCUCUGAAAGAACUCUCCAGCAGAGAGGCUGAGUCACUCAUCCAGUCGGCAAAAGGCUUGGUAAAUUUAGUUGUAGCUAACAAGGAAUCCUCCGUUUGUUCUUGCAAAGAACAGCCUGCCAACCUGGACAAGCAGAAUGGCUCCAUUCUACAGACAAAAGCCAAAUGCCAAAGAACCCGCAGCAAUUCAGCCAGCGUGAGUCCAUACUGGAUAGGGGAAAUGGACAAUCCCAUCUCAAAGAAGACAGCGUCCCGAUACAGACAGGCUCAUUCUCUUUACACCAACAGAAAGUCGCUCUCUCAGCAGCUGGACUGUUCUGCAGGAAGAGCCCCCCCUUUUUCCAAGUCUUCGCGGUCGCUAAGCACAGCCCAGCUGUUACAGGCUUCAUGUGGCCUGCAGGCCUCAGUCAUCUCCAACGUUGUUCUAAUGAAAGGCCAAGGCAAGGGGCUAGGAUUCAGCAUUGUUGGAGGAAAAGACAGCAUUUAUGGCCCCAUCGGUAUCUAUGUUAAGACCAUCUUUCCUGGAGGGGCUGCUGCUGCCGAUGGAAGGCUACGAGAAGGGGAUGAAAUCUUGGAACUGAAUGGUGAAUCCAUGCAUGGCCUAACACAUUACGAAGCCCUGCAGAAAUUCAAGGCCAAGAAAGGUCUUCUCACGCUCACUGUGCGGACAAGUCUCAGCACACCACACUCAGCAGCCACCUAUUUAUCAUCCCAUCUCUGCCACUCAUUGAGUGCCGCUAUGUGCAUCACCAAAGAAAACAGCUCCUUCAACUCAGAAAGCACCACGUUCUCUCUAAACACCACCAAUCCCAAUGACAGGAUCAUCAUGGAAGUUUCCUUGAACAAAGAGGCUGGUGUUGGCUUAGGGAUUGGAUUAUGCCACAUCCCUUACUUCCAAUGCAUUUCAGGAAUCUUCAUCUACACCCUUUCUCCAGGCUCUGUGGCUCACAUGGAUGGAAGGCUCAGGUGUGGAGAUGAAAUUGUAGAAAUCAAUGAGGCAUCGGUUCAAAUUAUGACGCUCAACGAGGUCCACGCAGUCCUGAGCCACUGCAGUCCUGGCAGCGUGCAAAUGAUCAUCAGUAGGCACCCCGACCCACAGGUCUCUGGACAGCAGCUUAAAGAAGCCAUUUCACAAGUUGUAGAAAGCAACAAGUUUGGAAGAGAGAGGCCUCAGUGGAGUCCUGAAGGUGUGAAAAGUCUAGAAAUGACUCCCCAGCCCCAAAAGCUAAUGAUCCGCUCCAGCAGUGACAGCAAUUACAACCCCAGGUCAUCUUGUGGAAGUGGCCUUGCCUACCAGAUGGCGGAUUUGAAAGCAAAAGGGCAUAGUAUUGAUGUCCCUGUUACCAGACAGUCGGGUUCCUUGUCUUCUUCCUCCCGAAACAGUCUGGAGAAGGCCUCUCCACCUACUCUCAAAGAACUGGAUCCCCUUUCUCCAAAUCCCAAAAGGUCUGCGGAGAUCCUGGUGAGGAAACCCCGAUCGUCCAAACCCAAGCCUCCGCCAAGGAAGUAUUUCAAACAAGACUGCCUCAGUAACGAGGAGACUCCCCAAGAAGGGAAAGAGAGGCUCAACGUGCAAAGCAGUGAGAGCCCUCCAAAUUCACAGGAAGUAAGAGAUACGCUGCGGCAAAGAACUAAAACAGUUAAAACCCACGGUGCCUUUGCAAGUUCUUUAGUGCCAAGAGCUGCAGAACAGUCCACUGCAUGUUUAGCAGCAACAGAUGAAGAAAAGAAAACCAACAAAGGGAAGGGCCUUUUGUCAUCUCAAAGACCUGCCCUCAGAAGACAAGCAAGGGUAGACUACAGUUUGGAGGCUAGCGCUGAAGAUCCUUGGGUCAGGAUUUCAGAUUGCAUCAAAAGCUUGUUUAGCCCUGGUAUGUUGGAAGACGAGUGCCCCUUAAACUUGCAUACCGACGUCAAUGCCAGUGAGGACAGUCAAGCCCCUAGCUGCUCCAAAGUGCUCCUGCAGAGAUCAGAUACAGAAGAGGCAAAUCCCAAAGCCCCCCGGUCAUCCGAUGAAGGUGACUCUGUGAAGAAAGGCCCACCAGUAGCGCCUAAACCAACCUGGUUUCGUCAGAGUCUAAAAGGCUUCAAGAAAGGAAGUUCGGAUGCAACAACACCUGCAGGGCAAAAUGCCACUGAGCACCAGAGUGUUUCUGACAAUGAACUGGGACCCAAGAUAAGCUGUACCUUGGUUAGAGGAUUGUCAAUAAAGCAAAGAAUAAGCUCGUUUGAAAGUUUGAGCACUCCACAAUCUCCUGAAAAGGGAAACAGAAAACUCAGUCCAAAGCUGUCUAUCCCAAAUGAAAACUCUCUCAGUAGGAAGGAGCCCAAAACUACUACAGCGCACCCAAACCACGUUCCUUUGGGGAACAUGGACCACCAGGGUGCUAAAAGCUCUUGCCUGCAGGCACCUCAUGAUCUGAGUUUCCAUGAUUCCUCCCACUGCUCAAGAGAGAAGCUCAGCCCCAGUUCAAAGACCACCACCAGCACCUUCCUUGAACUUCCUUUGAACCCACUCUCCUUUCAAGGGGUCGAACCCAACUCACAAGUCAAAAAAGUGCCAAGCCAGAGGGUGCGAAGUUUUCCCCUCUCCUCAGCCCAGUCCUCUGAAAUGUUGAAGACCACAGAGGAAAAAUACAGUAAAAUCUAUUCCAUCAGCAGUCACUUCUCAUCAGCUUUAAUGAAAUCGUUGCAUUCCCUUCCUCAGUCUCCGAUGGGCUCUGGGAAAAAUCUAUGGAGGUCACAGGAUGGGUUGCCAAAGCCUCACACAGAUGAAUAUGGGACCUCUCUCUUUCCUGCAAGUGAAACUCCACCCUCAGACACCAGCUUUUCCCUUAACCUCUCAGAGCUGAGGGACUUCAGUGAAAAUCUGACAGAGAAUGAAAAAGAGGAAGACAGGCAGAGUGGCAGUUCAUUGCAAGCUGUGGGUGUUUCAGGGCAGGCAGUUAUCUCUCUCCUCACACCUGAAGAACUGGAAAAGCUGAUGGAGGAGGUGAAGUCUUUAGACGAGGCAACGUUAAAACAACUCAAUGAUAUCCACGUCACAAUUCUACACAAGGAAGAAGGGGCUGGACUUGGUUUCAGCCUUGCUGGAGGAGUAGACCUAGAAAACAAAGCUAUUACCGUUCACAGAGUAUUUCCCAGUGGAUUAGCAGCCCAAGAGGGAACCAUUCAGAAAGGAGAUGAAGUCUUAUCAAUCAACGGAAAGUCUCUCAAGGGUGCCGCUCACAAUGAUGCGCUGGAGAUCUUGCGAAGGGCUCGGCAUCCGAAGCAAGCUGUGAUUGUCACAAGGAAAUCUCAGAAGGGAGAAACAAGCUUCAACGUGUCCGUCGACUCCUCCACAUCAGAAGAGUCAACAGAUUCUACAUCUGAAGACAUAAUCUUCACCGUUAGGUUGGAGAAGACGGCAGCAGGCUUAGGAUUUAGUUUAGAAGGUGGGAAAGGCUCCAUCCACGGAGAUAAGCCCAUAACCAUCAACAGACUUUUCAAAGGAGUGUCAUCAGAACAGAGCCCCGCAGUUCAGCCAGGAGAUGAGUUACUGCAGGUACACACCACCCUGAUGCAAGGACUGACCCGUUUUGAAGCCUGGAACAUCAUCAAGAUGUUACCCGAUGGGGCUGUUACAGCCGUCAUCAAGAGGAAAAACUCCAGGGCCAGACUGGCUAAAUCUUUCCAGGGAGAAGAAUAAAAUAAGGCCAGAACUGCCUAUUUAAAAGGACCCCAAAACUUGC